UCAUUAUUAGUAUUAAUAUUAUUAAUAUUAUUAUUAUUAUUAUUAUCAUUAUAACAACAAAGCAACAGUCGGUAGUACCAUUACCAUCACUCCACCGCCACUCUCACCAUCACCACCACCAGCCACAGCAACAAGAACAACAACAGCAGCGGGAAUAACAUGUAGAGCCGUGAGAGAUGUGGUUUCAAUUGCUAAAAUAACAAAAUAGGAUCUUAAAAGCCCCGCCCCCCUGAAAACUAAAACUAAUAAAUAAGAAACGAGCAGCAGGCAGGAACGAGUCCAACGGGUAACAACAACAACAACAACAACAAGAGACAACAGAGACAACAACACGAACAGCUACAAGAAAAAAAAUAUUCUCAAUUGCGACAUGAACGGCAAAAUGGGAUCUUAAAAAUACCGCCUCCCGCGAAACCGAAACUGAUAAAAAACAAAAAAAGAGGAUAAAUAAACAAAUAGAAACGAGAACGAGAGACGAGCAGCACGGAGGAAGGAGUCCAACUGCUGACAGCACCAGGUAACAACAACAGCAACAGCAACAACAGCAAGGAUUAUAAGAAAAUUCGAAACAAAGACACGAGAACUCUUAACGAGACGCACGAAUCUCUUUACGAAAAAUGGCCGUGGACGUUGAUACCGUGUUGUUGAAUCUAAGCGAAAAGGGAUUUUUUCAGGUAACGCAGUUCAUAGCCGCAUGUAUAUCUAUGGUCCCUGUUGCAGUGAGUUUAUUGAAGAUAGUCUUUAUCGGAUUUGUACCCAAAUCAAAAUGUGCCGAACUGAAUAUCACACAGUUAUACGAAUACGGUUAUGAGAACAACGACACUCAUAAUAUCCAAUACGGAGCUUGUCAUAUACAUAUCUUUAGUUUGACUGGUGAUGGAACCAAUCACACAUUAAGCUGUAUCAAUGGUUACAGCUAUGAAGAAAAUAAAGACCUUUCUUUUGUGUCCGAGUGGGAUCUUGUAUGUGGCAAAGCCGGCCUUUCUGAACUGACACAAACCUUGUAUUCGGUGGGAGGCCUGGUUGGAUCAUUAACCAUGCCUUAUUUUUCGGAUACCAGAGGAAGAAAACCAAUACUGGUGAUCAGUAACAUCCUUAUUUUAAUAUCUUCAAUUUCAUCCUCAUUAUCAUCUAACUACUAUGCCUUCGUUGUAUUUCGGCUGUUGGAAGGACUUUUUACCCAGGGUUUGUUAGUAUCGGCCUAUACAUUAAUGUUGGAAUUGUUUCCCGUUAAAAAUCGAACUUUAAUGUGUGGUAUGACCGGUGUCACGUGGGGCAUAUGUGUUUUACCUUUGGCACCAAUCGCGUACCUGCUUCGGAAUUACAGUUGGAGGGUAAAUGUGCAAGUAUUCUGUAUUUUCCAUGCAAUGGCACUUUUUCAUUAUUGGUACCUAGAAGAAUCUAUACGUUGGCUUCUUAAUAAUGGUGACUUGGAAAAAAGUAAGAAAAUAAUAAAGAGAGCAGCGAAAGAAAAUAAAGUUGAUUUUGAUACGGUUUGGGAAAAUAGUGUACAGACAACAGUUAUGGUUCCAUUAAACAUCGCCGAUGACAAUGAAAACAGAACGCUUGAGGUGGAAAUAACACCGAAGAAUGCUGCUGUUAAACAAGAGGGAUUCCAUACAAUAUUCAAAGAUCCUCUCGCCAGAGUAUUAACACUCAUUAUUUUUAUAAAUGGCUUGAUGAACAGUCUCACAUACAAUGGCCUGUAUAUGACGUCGCAUAGCUUAGCUGGAAACCGGUUUUUGAAUUUCACUUUGGUAUCUUUCACAGAAAUUCUGGGAAACACAACCAUGGCUAUUCUACUUUUCAGACUACAACGGAGAGUAACAAUGGCACUAUUUCAAGGUCUAUCCGGUGUGGCUCUUUUUGUGGCUGUAACAGUUACAUAUCUUGGAGAUGGCAGCAAACUCUAUUCCAUUUUAAACACAAUAUUCAGUCUGUUCGGAAUGUUUGGCAUCAGCGCCUCGUAUUGUGUCAUUUGGUUAUAUGCCCCAGAAAUCUACCCAACUAACUUGAGAAAUAUUGGUUUAGGAUUUCUCACUUUGUCAGGAAAUAUGGGAAACAUGGUUUCUCCGUAUUCUCGUCUACUUAUGACGUACAUAGCAUGGUUACCUGGGACAAUAUUUAGUUUCGGGUGCCUCGGGUGUCUUACACUUUUAUAUUUUAUGCCGGAAAGUAAAAGUAUGCAAAUGCCAAUGACAAUGGACGACGUCAGAGAACAAUUAAGGAAGCAGAAGAAAUCCAGAAGAAAACAGAGUUUAGCGAUUAAUGAAAGUAAUCCUGCAACGAAAGAUGUCUAGUUUAUGAACGAUGAAUUUUUUUUACUCUUAGCUUCAGAAAUAAACGAUGUAUAAUCAAUUAAACACAAAACAAAA